CCCUUCAACUACUGUUGCCAUAGAAACCCAGAAAGCGACAUGGCUGCCGCCGGCCUGCAAAAAAGAUGUUUGACACAGCCGGCGGCAGCCUUAAUCAAGUCAACGUCACUUUCGCCAAAUCCAGCAGCUCCCAUCCGAGGGAAGCCUAAGAAGGGUCUGGUCUAUCCUCAACUCCCAAAAAGAUCCCGCCUGUCUCGGUCCGUUCUGCGUUGGCUCCAAGGACUGGAUCUCACCUUCUUUCCCAGGAAUAUCAGCAGAGAUUUUUCAAAUGGCUUCCUGAUUGCAGAAAUAUUCACUAUAUAUUUCCCCUGGGACCUUAAAUUGUCAUUCUUUGAAAAUGGAACCUCUUUAAAAGUCAAGUUGGAUAACUGGGCACAGUUGGAGAAGUUCCUAGCAAGAAAAAAAUUAAAGUUACCUAAAGAACUUAUCCAUGGUACCAUUCACUGUAAACCUGGAGUACCUGAAAUACUGAUACAAGAGAUCUACACUUUGUUGACACAUCGAGAAAUUAAAAGUAUCCAGGAUGACCUUGUGAAUUUCACUGACUAUAGUUACCAGAUGCGUUUGCCCCUGGUUCCCAGGUCUACAGUUUCAAAGUCUAUUAAAGAUAACAUUCGAUUAUCAGAAUUACUAAGCAAUCCCAACACACUCAGCAAUGAACUUAAAGUAGAGUUCCUCUUCCUUUUACAAAUGUUGCAAAGAAAAUUAAGCAGAAAAUUGAAUCCAAAAUGGUUUGAGGUCAAACCUACAGUGGGAGAACUUACUCUCCAUCAUCUUCCAGCUCAACCCACUCAGAGGCUUAGAAAUUCAAUGAGUAAAAGUGAGAUCAUUGCUCCUACUGUGUGUAAUGGUGGUAAUCUACUUAGAGAAAUUCAAGUAAAACAAGCUGAAAAACAGAAUUUUGAGUCCAUUACAAAAUGUACAGGAUAUAAGAAGAAGAAAACUUAA